GUCCACCAGACACUCAGUCUGUCAGUCAGUUUCGGUGCAGUCACUUUUCUUCUCUCGUGUCAUUCGUUUCCUAAGCUUUAUUUGUGUGUCGUCGUCUAUAUAUCAAAAUUCGAUUCGGAGCCAAUGUUGCAUCAGUAGGUGCGAAUUGAGAAAACCUGGUGUUAUUGUGCGUGUUUUUCCAUGUCUAUCGGGAUAAAUUUACGUGUCACCGGCCACACCUCGAUCGGGGGCCGGAAGUAUCAGGAAGAUUUCUUCUCCGUCGCUUACCAGCAGACGGAAAACGACCAAAGUUUGGAGUACGCCUUUUUCGGGAUCUACGAUGGCCAUGGCGGAGCAGAAGCGUCACUUUACGCAAGGGAACAUUUGAUGAAUACGAUCGUAAGCCAGAAGCUGUUCUGGUCGGAAAACGACGAAGACGUCCUGAAAGCCAUCCGGGACGGUUACAUCCAGACCCAUUAUUCGAUGUGGCGCGAACAAGAUAAAUGGCCAAAAACUUCGUCCGGAUUGCCUAGCACCGCUGGAACCACCGCUAGUAUAGCGUUCAUCCGAAGGGGAAAGAUCUACAUCGGUCAUGUUGGUGAUUCCGGAAUCGUACUUGGAUACCAAAAGGAUAAAGAAUCCCACUCAGGGAAUGAAGCCUGCACGUGGAACUCAAUGCCCCUGACGGAGGACCACAAACCGGAAGCGUAUGCCGAAAAGAUGCGUAUAAUGAGCUGCGGAGGAAAGGUGGUCACCAAAUCCGGCGUACCGCGAGUGGUUUGGAAUCGACCGCGUAUUGGUCAUAAGGGUCCAGUACGCAGAAGUACUCCCAUAGAUGAGAUACCGUUUCUGGCGGUGGCUCGCAGUUUAGGUGACUUGUGGAGUUAUAAUUCUGCGGUGGACGAGUUCAUUGUUAGUCCCAAUCCGGACGUAUCCGUAAUAGAAAUAGAUCCCAAGAGAUACCGAUGUUUGAUAUUUGGAACGGAUGGUUUAUGGAAUGUAUUAUCUCCCAAACACGCAGUAGAGAUUGUGCAUGCUGCUGAAAUGGAAAAUAUACGCAUAGCGCUAGAGGGAGGGUGCGAUUGGAAGAAUCCCAGCAAAUUAUUGGUGAAUGAAGCUUUGGAAAGAUGGAGCAAGAGCAAUAUGAAGGCGGACAAUACGUCUGUAGUGAUAAUAAUGUUGGAUCCACCUGGGCCUCCCAAACGAGAUGUACUUCGAUCGAUGAGAACAUCGAUACAACACAUUGAUCAUCAGAUAACCAAUACCCAAUCAUUGGACAAGUUGAACGUUACAUUGUAUGACCACACAACGAGAGAGUUGGUUGAUCUGUCCCAAGUUACCUGUCCAGAAGUAGAACAUAACACUGUACAUCAUCAACAACAGUAUAUGGAAUCAACUCCUUCUACUUCUGCCUAUCAUCACGACAUGGUUUACACGGAUAGUUUUGCCGAAUCCUACAACAGUUUUUUGAACACCAGCCUCAGCAAUGAUCAUUCGUAUACAAAUCAUACCCCUACUGCUCAGCAUUACUCCCUACAACAUCAUCAUCUUCAUCAGCAUUCUCAACAACAGCAUCAUGAGGAUCUCCGCAAUGAAAGCCUACAAUACGUUGCAGGACACGACCGAAAUCAGCACGAAGAAACUUACUCACUAACAAACCUUCAAACUAAAUCAGAACGAUUGCAGUCGGAAAUGAUGAAAGCAUCUACCUCAACUGGAUCUGCCUCCUCGACUCGUUACGCACAUCUGGAAUGCACCGGAAAUUUGGCUAUUAUCGAAAACUUUCACGAUUAUCAGUUACCAAACGUAACAAAUCACUCAGCUACGAAUCAACCUUAUGGAAUGCAUUAUCCAAUCCAUGCGUAUCAACAGGAGAAUCAUCAUGAACCGCCAACGUAUCAAAUGGAACGUUACGAUUACCAUCAUUCUGCACAUCAUCAUGAACCAGUUAGCUGUAAUUACGGAAGCCAGCAUUAUACGGCACACGAUCUAUCGGAACAUAACUACCAAAAGGAUUCCUUGGAGUAUUUAUAUCCGGAGGAUGAACCAGGUCCUAGUACCAGUCAACAAGUCCAUGAAACUGAGAAACUUGACGCAUGUAUAGUGGAGUCUACGAUAGUAACUAGUUUAGCUAAUACCGAAACAGGUGAUGACGCGCGGCAUUCUGUGAUAAACUCAUCGAAGAACGAAGCCGAGGACAUCCAGAUCAAUGAAAUAUCAUCUUCGAACCUGGGUGCGCUAUCACCUGCCCUGGACACGUCCAUUCAAUCCGACAGUGAUAGCUGCGUAAGCGAGGACGAGGCGAAAGCUUCAUCAUCUACUGCAACGAGAGGUAAAAGAGUAUCUGCCCCCGAUGGCACUGCGAAGGGAAAGGUACGUAAAACUUUGAAAAAUAUUGUAAAAAUCGUUUACGAGACGCGGAGCAGUCAACGUCCGGUCCGGACGAGGGGGCAACAGGAACAUGUCUCCUCUAUUGCGAGGAGUAAAACGAUACGCACGAAAUUCGGCAAUAUUUUACCAAAGGGCUCCAAGGUGAAAAAAAUCCUUAGUUUUAAGAGACAAAGUUUUAAGAAUAACAAAACGUACAGUUUAUUGGACAGUAACAGUAGUAUGGUCAGCACUAUCAAUAACAAUAAUACUUUUGAAAUUACGAGUAAAACGGCAGUAAGUGAAGUAGAGAAACCCGAGGAAAAGCGGGUUUUGCGUUCGGCAGAUCAAAUGAAAACAGCAACUGUUGGCAUUCAGCAGAAAAAGUUCUCCCAAAGAGCCCAUCGGUCAGUGGAGUCCAUUACGUUUAUUAGUUCCACUAGCCCUAAGUCCAGCGGCAGUAUUCCAAAGCAAACGACUGCACUUCCGAAGCGAAAGAUGUUGCUUCGGAAGGUAACGCUGGAUGCGAAACGUGUCAAGCGUCGCUAGGUUUUCUCUGUUUAGGCACAAUCUGGGUCACUACAAGGCUGUGAAGUAAUCUUUUAAGCGUUUAGAUUCUUCUGAUACAUUCCGGCGGUUCUCAAGCAGACACGUUUCUUCUUAUCUCAAUUGAAUCGUGGAGUUUUAUUUAGUUUGUACCUAUAUUUAUGUAAUGGUGAACAAAGUUUACAAUGGGAAACGCUUUAUUUGAUUGUGUGUUGUUAGUCUGCAAAAGUAAUAAGUUUGUAAACCCUUUUUCUUUGCAAUGUUUAGAGCUGUGAAAUGUUUUACAUCAAGGACGUCUUCAUAUACAAUACAACAACCGUUCUCGCAUAAGUUUGGGUGA